UCAACAUCUACUGCUGGAUUUCACCAGGAUCCCCCAGAUCAUCUUACACCGGAUAGACCGCCUUCAGGAUUAUGUUGGGAAAGAGGAGGAUUUCUCUGACCAGCAGCUCUGUGGACAGGAGAGGAAUUCCAGUUUGGACCAAGAGGAACCAGAAGAUCUGCAGAUAAAAGAAGAACAGAAAGAACCAGAACAUCCCUGGACAAAAGAGGAAACCAUGGAGCUCCCCAUAGGUGAGCAGGAAGAGCAGCUUGUUCUGCAGCAACAGGCUAAAGAUAAAGGAAAGAAACUGUCCCCAUGUUUGACACGGAAAGAACACUUUCUAAAAAAGAAAAAUGUUAUGGUUCACAUGAAAUCUCACACAGGUCAGAAGAUUUAUGAAUGUCGGUCCUGUGGAAAAAGCUUCACUUAUAAACAUCAUCUUGAAACACACAUGAGAAUUCAUACAGGAGAGAAGCCUUUUUCCUGCUCGAUUUGUGGCAAAAGUUUUACUCUAAAACAUCAUUUGACUGGACACAUUAGAAUUCACUCAGAUGAGAAACCUUAUUCCUGUACCAUUUGUAACAAAACUUUUAAUGGGAAGACUAAUUUGACUCGACACAUGGGAAUUCAUACAGGAGAGAAAUCAUUUUCCUGUACCCUUUGUAACAAAAAAUUUAGUCGAGAACAUCAUUUGAUUCGACACAUGACAAUUCACACAGGUGAGAAACCUUAUUCCUGUGACAUUUGUAACAAUAAUUUUACUCGAAAGGAUCAUUUGACUUCUCACAAGAGAAUUCACACAGGUGAGAAACCUUUUUCCUGUACCAUUUGUAACAAGACUUUUACUGAAAAGGGUAGUUUGACUUCUCAUAUGAGAGUUCACUCAGCUGAGAGGCCUUUUGUAUGUUUGUGCUGCAGAAAAAGCUUCUCUCACAAGUCUAAUCUUGACAGACACAUGAGAAGUCACACAGGUGAGAAAUCUUUUUCCUGUACCAUAUGUAACAAGAAUUUUAAAGAAAAGAGUAAUUUGACUUAUCAUGUGAGAAUUCACAAAGGUGAGAAGCCUUUUGUAUGUUUGGCCUGUGGAAAAAGCUUCACUGAGAAAUCUAGUGUUGAUACACACAUGAGAAUUCACAUAGGUGAGAAACCCUUUGUAUGUUUGUCCUGUGGAAAAAGCUUCACUCAGAAGUCUUAUCUUGAUACACACAUGAGAAUUCACACAGGUGAGAGGCCUUUUGAAUGUCUGUCCUGUGGAAAAAGCUUCACCUCUAAGUCCUGUCUUAAUCAUCACAUCAGAAUUCACACAGGUGAGAAACCUUUUUCCUGUACCAUUUGUAACAAGACUUUUACUGACAAGAGUAGUUUGACUUCUCACAUGAGAGUUCACUCAGCUGAGAGGCCUUUUGUAUGUUUGUGCUGCAGAAAAAGCUUCACUCACAAGUCUAAUCUUGAUAGACACAUGAGAAUUCACCAAGGUGAGAAACCGUUCUCCUGAAUGAUUUGUGACAGCGAAUCAUUCAGCGAAUUCGUAACAGCAGUUAGACGCCACAGGAAGGAGCAGUUGAGGCGUUUUCCAUUUUUGGUGAUAAAAUGUCAAUCUAGAAACUGCUUCACCUGGUUGCAUGAGAAAAUCAAGGGUUAAUGGUCUUUUUGGAGUAAAGUUUUUAAGAAAGCCAUUAUUUGGAAACACAUUACAUAGAAACUAGAACAGAUUAGAUGUUAUAUUCUAAACCUGGAGUCUCAGAUGAAGAUUUGGGACGUAUAUAAGUGUGUCAUUCUCAGCUAACUAUUAGCUGAUUAAUGUUUUUUAAUGAUUCUUUGAAAGUAUAAUUUUCCUUUGAACUACUUCUAAUAGUUUUGAUCUUGAUUCUUUGGAUGUUAUAUUUUACCUGCUAUGAUUGAAAUGAACUUUAACCUCUUUUAUACCACUGAUUCUAUGUAAUAAGUGUCUAAUAAAGGUGCUGGAGAUCUCAAAGCUCACAUGGACACUGAAAAACCUGACAAAGCUCUGAGUGGUGAGAGUUAUUCUGCAAAGUUGACUGAGUACUUUGUUAGAAUGUUUGUUGAAGCUGUAUUUUCUAAUAUAGAAGAGGACAUAUUUAGAACAUGAUUUUAUUUAUGUAUUUUAAUAGAGAGCUUUAAUUGUGUAAUUGGUUGUUAGAGAUUUUACUACAAAGGUUAUUUUUGUAUCAUUUAGGUAUAAUAAA